AUGUCUGGAAGUUGUGGUCAAGAAAAAAUACGAUGGAUUACUACAAUAAUUCUGAGUUCAUCUCUCCAGGAUCAUGAAAUUUCAACAACCUUGCAAAACCAGCAACACCGGGUUCGUUAUUCAGAUGCAGUGGAAAAUGGAUCUAUUAUUUUCUCACUUUCUGGUGUUGCAUUUUUGCUUGCCGAUACUCAAGAUUUGCUAUUGAUAAAUAGCAAAGUCAUUUUUGAAAGAAUAAAGAAGUUCAUGACCAUUCAUAGAAAUGGAUUUUUACUUUUAUCAGCUGCCCUUCACGGACCAAAAGAAUGGGAAAUGAUGUUCAGAAUUCAGCAAAGAUUUUUAGGCAGCAAUUUACGCAUAGUUCCAAUCCAUAAUACUGCUGAAGGUGUUAAAUUAAUGUUGACCAUAGCAAAGACUUAUUCAAAACCCUAUCUGGACAAUGUUCACUACAGAAUGCUAAUGGCAAAGACACAGAUUAUAGAACAAAGCCCUGUUUGGAAAAUGCUUCAUCACAAUCAACUGCACUGAAGUUAAACACCAUCCAAACUGUUAAAAAAAUUG